GCUCCGUUUAACUGGAAGAAGGGGAAAAUAUUAGGCGCCGGUGGUUUCGGGCAGGUCUACCUCUGCUACGAUGUCGACACGGGCGUUGAGUUGGCCGUCAAACAGGUCAAUGUCUAUUGCCAGUCGGAGGACAUUUCGAAGGAAGUUAGAGCACUGCAGAGCGAGAUAAAGUUGCUACAAGACCUUUCAAAUCCACGAAUUGUACAAUACUACGGAAGCCAAAAAGAACCGCACAUGCUGUCCAUAUUCAUGGAAUUCGUACCCGGGGGCUCAGUUAAAGAUCAAAUCCAAGAUUACGGACCACUGACGGAGAGCGUAACGAAGAGGUACACCAAGCAGGUGCUGGAGGGUCUGGAGUUUCUACACUCACUCAUGAUCGUGCACCGUGACAUCAAAGGUGCAAAUAUUCUUCGCGAUCACGAGGGAAACAUCAAGUUGACCGACUUCGGAGCAGCCAAAAGGCUCUCCAGUAUUGUCAAUAAGACAGCCGAUGUUUCUAAAAACUUGACUGGCGCCAAAACUAUGACGGGUACGCCGUAUUAUAUGUCACCGGAGAUAAUUGAAGGGAAACGUUAUGGUAGAAAAGUUGACAUCUGGAGUUUGGGUUGCACGGUGGUUGAAAUGUUGACAGGGCAUCCACCCUGGCACGAGUACGAGGGAGUGGCGGCCAUCUUCAAAAUCGCCACCCAACCGCAUCCGUCCUACAAACUGCCCCCCGACACGUCACUGCAGGUCAAGGAUUUUUUGUCCUGCUGUUUCGAGAGAGAUCCAGAGAGAAGACCGUCAGCCAAGAUCCUCUACAACCACAUGUUCAUCAGGUCACUCGUCACUGGCUGCGAUUGA